AUGACGACAUGUGCUAUCACUGGGACAGAGUCAGACUCCUGGUGGAGAAUUGACCUGCUGCGUGUCUGCAACAUUUCUUAUAUCACUAUCUACAACACAGAUGCGAAGCACAGUGACAUAAGCGGUGCUCAGAUCCACAUUGGAAGCUCGCGUGAAAACAACAGCAUCACUAACAGCAUCUUCCACAAAUCCAAAGAAAACAUCACAAACUUUAAACAAAACGAGUGGAAUAACUUCACAUGUAAUACAACCAUGUUGGGGCGCUACAUCACUGUCUUCUAUCCAGGAAAUAAACCGUUAAUUCUGUGUGAAGUGAUGAUCUACG